ACUUUAGAUGAGGAGUCUAAGAGGUUUUCGGGUCUAGUUGUCAACUCUGGGGGUGAGGCUCCAAGAAAAGGCUUCUAUCAGACCUCGAGUGUCCCUUGCUCCUAGGCCCUCCAAUUUAUUUGUUCCCUUAGUUCUUAGAACUAUUGAUGAAGCAAGCCCAUAAAAUGAGGCCUUGGACUUUUAAAGAUCUCCUCCAAGCGGCGGGACCUAGGACGGAAGUCUUAGAGGAUUAAAUUUGGAUCAUACAGCUGAUGUCCAGUUACACGCAUGGGGAGAUACUCUGGAGGAAGCAUUUGAGCAAUGUGCAAUGGCCAUGUUUGGUUAUAUGACAGAUACUGGGACAGUGGAGCCCCUCCAAGCAACAGAAGUAGAAACCCAAGGAGAUGACUUAAAAUCUCUUCUGUUUCACUUUUUGGAUGAAUGGCUUUAUAAAUUCAGUGCUGAUGAAUUCUUCAUAGCCCGGGAAGUAAAAGUACUUAAUAUUGAUCAAAGAAAUUUCAAAUUACGGUCAAUUGGGUGGGGAGAAGAAUUCUCAUUGUCCAAGCACCCUCAGGGAACUGAAGUCAAGGCAAUAACAUAUUCAGCAAUGCAGGUCUAUAAUGAAGAGAAGCCAGAAGUUUUUGUGAUCAUUGACAUUUAAGACACACAAAAAAGAGACUCCCUAUGAAGAACUGUUUUUUCCUCUUCCUUUUGAGAAGAUACCAUGAUACCAUGAUAUAAAUUCUACAGUAUCUUAAUAUAUGGAGAUUUGCAGAACAGAAAUUUUUAACUUAAAGUGUGACUUUCAGAAAUGGGAAAUCUAGGUACAGCCUUGGUCUGUGUUAUCCAAAUAUUCAAAGUUUAAAGAAACCUUUAGGUGGCAAUAUGGUUCCUCAUUUGUUUUUUUUUGUUUUUUUUUUUUUGUUUUUUCUUUAAAGAAGAUGUUGGGGGUAGGAGUUUAUUAAUUAAUUUAUUUUUGGUCUGUUGGGUCUUUGUUUCUGUGCGAGGGCAUUCUCUAGUUGUGGCAAGCAGGGGCCACUCUUCAUCGCGGUGCACGGGCCUCUCACUAUCGCGGCCUCUCUUGUUGCAGAGCACAGGCUCCAGACGCGCAGGCUCAGUAGUUGUGGCUCUCGGGGCUAGUUGCUCCACGGCAUGUGGGAUCCUCCCAGACCAGGGCUCAAACCCGUGUCCCCUGCAUUAGCAGGCAAAUUCUCAACCACUGCACCACCAGGGAAGCCCCCUCAUUUGUUAAUUCCCUGCUGUAGCAAUAGGUGCCUUACACCCUUCCCAUGGAAUGCCAGCCCUCCAGCCUGGUCCCAGAAAGGAUCAUUGAUCUAAGAGCAGCCUGGGAGACUCUGAAGCCCCCAUGCUGUUACUGAAUGCAGCUUGAAAAAAAAAGAAAUUUGAGGAAUCCUACAACCAGGAUUUUGCUUUUCUUCCAAAUUGGUUAACACAUAUAUUUUCUAUACGUACAUGAAAAGAGGUCGUUUUAGAUUGCUGUGGGAAAGAGCCAUCCUGUAUUCCAUUUGGUUUUCUCAGAUGAAACAGUUAUAGUUGAACAAUUGGAAGCCUUCUCUAGAAAGAGCCCUGAUUUACUGUUCUCACUUUUUUUUAAGCACUGAAGUAUUGACACUUUCUUGUUUUCCCGUAAGAAAAAUUUGAUGCAUGUACAAAUGGGCCCUUCUUUCUAAGAUAUAAUUUUAUAUUAAAGCCAUUAUAUUUAGAGAAGAAAAGAAUUUUUUAAAAUGUCUUUGGUUUUUAAAAAUUACCUAAGCUUUUCAUUCCUAAGGAGACAGGAGGCCAGGAAAACAACUUUAAAAUGAUCUGAACUUUUCAAAUUAGAUAACCUUUGAAAAAAAUGAGGCUGCUUUCAUUUGAUUUGCAGCAUUAUUCCAUUCUCUAUUCAUUGAUUGAGGUAUUCGUCCUUGUGAUGCAAGAGUUUGCAAAGUUGCUGUUUAUUCACACAUAUGUGAAAAAAGAUUGCCACUGGGUGCUGCCAAAUAUCAUUAUAGUGUGCUGAACUUGACCUAAAAGGAAGAGAUUGUCUGUGAGCUUUCUAACUGUUUUCUCGCAGCACCACAUUAUUUUUACUCUGGGGAUUUUUUUGGGGGGCGCUGCGCCGCAUGACAUGCGUGAUCUUAGUUCCCUAAACAAGGAUCGAACCCGUGCCCCCUGCCUUGGAAGCUCGGAGUCCUAUCCACUGGACCGCCAGGGAAGUCCCUCUCUGGGAAUUUAACAGAAAGUAGCCGGGGCUGAUGAAGACAAGGGCAAGAGCCUGUGGUUUUAAUAGUAGCUCUUCAAAUGGAUACACAGCAGGAUCUCUGAGGUAGCACUCCUUUACCUUCUUUAUUCUCAGGCAUAUUUUAUAAGUAAAUUGUGGACCUCCAAGCAAAACAAUGUCUAGAAGAAUCUCUUUACCUUUUGUUAGGAUGAAUUUCCAGCCUGAGAUGGGGCUCUUUCUUUCGACUCCUUUACACAUCAUGGGCUACUUGGGGGGGGGUUGAUUGUGAAAGUGAACAACGGGAUAUUGUGAGGGCAGUGGGAGAGCUGAAGCCAAAGUAAGAAGAGCUCUUGGGAUGUAUUAAGCCAAGUAGGGUACACAUUUGACUCGGGGCGGGGGGGGGCGAAGCAUAGCCAUAUCUCUUAAUCACCAGAGCUGUAUAAUGGAGCUCAAUAAAAACAAGGCAGAUGUAAUUAUGCAAUACAAAUUAUAUUUUCUUAUUUUUAAUAAAUUUAUAACAUUACAAUUUCAGGUAAAUUGUAAAAUUUAGUGUUAGUUUUAAAAUAUGCCAAAACAAAGAUACUGAAUAGAAGGAAAAUGAGUAUGUUACCCUUUAUACGUGAAGUGUUGGCAUUCUUGAUCCAUCAGUGGCAGCACACGUUUUAUUUAUUUUUAGUUUAUUUAUGGAGAUGGUUGCACCGUGCUCUCACCAGAUUCUUCUGCUAGUUUCAAGUAUGUGUCUCCCUAAGAAACUGAUUUCCCCCAUUGCAGAGCUAAUUCUCCUUCCCCAUAACGUACCCACCCAUCUUCACUUCUGUCUUACUUCUGGGCUGCCGUUCUCAUUUCUGAAAAUGUCAGGUAGCAAACCCGCUGCCCAAGGAGUCAGGCAGGUAAUGGGAGGGCUGCGGGUGUUGAACUGAGGGUUUACGCAGGGGCCAAGCGGGCAGCUGCCUCUCAGCUCCAGCCCUCAUUGCUAAUGGGAAUACAAGCCUAGGGUGGCAGUUUUUCAUAAAACCCCAGAGAGUGGGAUUUUUAUGUAAAACCUCCCAAGUUUUUGGAAAGAAACCCAAACCACUGUGGGUCAUCACAAUUAAGUACAGACAGGUUGUGUGUGGGCUGAAUCUGGUCCACAGGUUGCUAGUCUGCAGCUUCGCUUUAAAACCGAGCUCAGGGAAUUCCCUGGCAGUCCAGUGGUUAGGACUUGGUGCUUUCACUGCUGUGGGCCUGGGUUCAAUCCCUGGUAGGGAAACUAAGAUCCCACAAGCCUCGCAGAGUGGCCAAAAAUAAAUAAAUUUUUAAAACCCAGCUCAAAUCACAUUUCCACAAUGCCUCCCUUACCAUUCAGCCUUCAGGGGUCUCUGAACUAUGCUUCUCUAUUUAGCUUUAAAGAUUUGCAGGCUUAUUCAAUUUUAUAAUUGUUUAAUGUUCACUAGUCUUAUACCUCUGAAUAGAAGGAAAGCUCCUAGAUGGCACAUAAUAGACGGUCAGUUACUACUUAGUGGUCAGUGGAUUAAGCAUCUUAGAGCUACGUCAAACUCUUAGGCAGAGACUGCAGGUCAGUUCCUUGAGCAUAUCUAUAAGAACAUAAGAAUCCCAAGCCACAAGCCUCAGUUCCUAGCCUUUGCUCUACUACUGUUUGACCUUGGACCUGCUUCCUCAUCUAUGUAUUAUAGGUGUGUAUUAGUGAUUCCUCAAUUCCUUUCCAGUUCUUAGUUCCUGUGAUCUAGUAAUAUUUUAAACAACUGAGCUGAGAAAGAGAAGGUGUCUUACUGGAACAGUUUAGCCUAAAAGGUCCAAAUCACACCAUCCAGGUCUGCUCACUAAUCAGACAGUCAUUGUCAUGGGUACAGGGCUGUGUUACAUGAUGGCAGUGACUUUCCAGGAAAGUAACAGUAGUGAUGUGAUGACUUUUUCUCACUGGUGCCUCUCCAAGAAGGCUAAGUGGUUAUGUGUGUCCUUACAUCCACCCUUGCUAGUUCUCUUUCCACCUUGCUAUUACCACUUGGGCUUUGGAAGAGAAUGUUCAAGAAGAAAUGGUGGAAAAAGUACAGUUUAUACCCUCCUCAAAGUGGGGGAAGUGCCCCAAGUGGACUACAGUUCUGCCCCUUCCUGAAGUCUGAGCUUCAGAAGGUUUGGGGAAUUCCAGAUUGAGACUGAGAAUGUAGUUUCUUCAUCUACAAAAACCAGUGGGUGGGAGUGGGGGACAGGAAAUUGGAAAAGAUAGCUUCCAAAAGCUCCUUCCAGAGCAAACUUCCUCAGAAUUUAGUGACUGUAGUAAUUUAUCAAUGUUUUUUCCCAUAUAACAUGCUCUGUACCUUUUUGUUCUGUUGCCUGUAAAAUGAACGAUAAAUGUUGAAUUCUGGACAUGCAAGAAAGUAGUCUUAGGGCCAACAUAUUUAUUUUGUCAUAAACACAUAUCCAGGUCUCCUCUGUACAAAACAUUUUCCCAGAUGCUUUCUGUAUAUUACCCAUUUGUCCUUCCAGUAAUUCUAUAUGUAGUACAGUUGUCCUACAUUUUACAAGGGGAUUAGUGACACCUAAAACCUACUGGGUAGAAGAGGCAGAUUUGGGACUUAGGACUCUGUUCAUUGUAUUUAUACAAUAUCUUUUAAUAUAUAACAAAUCACAUUUAUGUUCUGUUGUUCUUUUGAUCCAGGUAAUAGCCCUGUGAGGUUAGCACAACAGCUCUCAUUACUCAAGUUUUAUUUUAUUUAUUUAUUUUUGGCUGCGUUGGGUCUUCGUCGCGCGUGGGCUUUCUCUAGUUGUGUCGACGGGCUUCUCAUUUUGGUGGCUUCUCUUGUGGAGCAUGGGCUUUAGGUGCGCAGGCUUCAGUAGUUGUGGUGCAUGGGCUCAGUAGCUGUGGCUUGCGGGCCCUAGAGCGCAGGCUCAGUAGUUGUAGUGCCCAGGCUUAGUUGCUCCACAGCAUGUGGGAUCUUCCCGGACCAGGGCUCGAACCUGUGUCCCCUGCAUUGGCAGGUGGAUUCUUAACCGCUGCGCCACCAGGGAAGCCCUCAAGUUUUAUAUAUAAGGAAACACUUCACAUUUGGGUGAAGGUGCAUUUGUAAGGUGCAACUCAGAAAUAGAUGAUUGACAAUGGCUGUCUCAUUUUCUCUGACACAUACUCUAAAAGUUCAAAAGCUAAUGUUAUUUAGCAAAAACAUUUUGACUAUAGAAAUAUCUCGUAUCAGGACAAGACAGUAGAAAAUAGUGGAUUUAUAUUAUUUUUUCCCAUUGCCAAAUAAAUACACAACGGUGUGUGUUUUCUAAAUUACUUCCAAAUACAAACUUUAAGUACAUUAGAGUCAUGGAUUCACAUCCUGACCAUGUCACUCACUAGCUAUAUGACUUUGGGAAAUUUCUUGAAGCUCUCUGAGGCUGGGUUUCUUCAACUCUGAAAUGGAGAUAGUGAUUACUCACAGACCAGGUGUCCCCAGCUUUGCUACCAUAGUUAAGAAUCUUAUUUUGUAGAAGAAGAGAAAGGGAGUAAUUUUGGAAUUAUACUUGGAACUGUGGAGUUUAAACACUACUGUGCUAACAGUUUUAUUUUGAGGAUUUUGGGGGUGCAGUGGUUAACAGCACAAACUGGAGCCAGAUCAUGGGGGUUCAAGUCCUGGUUCCACCACUUACUAACUAUCCACUUUGGGGCAUGUUGCUGAAUCUCUGUGUGCCUCAGUUUCCAAAUUUUAACUCGUGACAAUAGUUGUUGAGAGAAUUAAAUAAAUGUAUACACAUAAAACUCAAGACAGUGCCUGGCACAUAGUAAUGCUCAGUGAGGGCUAGUACUAUUAUUGGGACAAGCUUAAAUGCUAACAGCCCCCUUACUUUUUCACCUUUUAAUUUUUUAAAAAGGCCACAGCGCUUGGUUAGGGGGUGACCAGCCUAAGGAUAACCCUGGAGCCAGUGCCAUUCUGCCAGAGUCUCUUGUUUGUUAAGAAGGGCAAACAAAGCCACUCCCUUCUGCUUCUCCUCCUGCUGUCUCUUCAGACUUUUUCCUUUCCUGCUUCUCUACUCCAAAUCGUUCCUAUGUUAGUCUAGUUUUCUUUCUUCCAUAUCAGAGUUGAGCUGUUUUCAAAAGCUGUGCCUGUCCCUUUAUGCCAAGCCGGGUGCCCUUCUACAGGACUCCCAUUUUACUGUCCCAUCCUGAUUCCCUUGCAGCUCGAAGUAUUAACCAUUCAAGGGGUGUGUCACAAUGAGAAGAAAGAUGAAUCAAUUAUAGGGUAACUUUGUUUCUGCCUUUAUGUUCCCAUGGCCUCUCCAAGUCUUCUCAGUACCAGUGCAGCCCGCCCACCAUCACCCACCAUCAAAGUUCACACCAUACAACUCACCAGUUCCUACCUUUGAAUUCAUGUGCAGAUUCUUUUUCUCUGUUUUACAACAAUUUCAUAAAGUUCCUGAAGUCAGCUAACGUAUGUAGUAGUCAACUGCGCUUUUAAGUUGGAAGCACCUUAAGGAGCAAGGGAACUGGCUUCUGGUUAUUAUUUGUACCUUCCUUGUACCUUUCAUCUUUUAAUGGUCUGUUUCAGUGAUGCUUCCAGUUCUUCCUGAUUCCAAAGCCCCCUGGUGACAUGCUCCUUAGGGAGAGAUCUUUAAUGUCCUGUUUUCAUAUCCAAAUUCUGAGUUCCUUGUUUCUAUCAACAGUGCCCUUAUCCUUCCACAGCCCACAUUGGAGUUUUCUUGAACUCCUCUUAACACUUCCAUCCCCUGUGCUCAACUAUGUGCUAGUUUUCCUUAGUUAUACUGAUCAUUUCUCUUCUCCUUUCACUGUGUCUCCUAACUGGAUGUUCUUUCCAUUAUUCAAGGCGUAGCUCAAAAUCAUCUUUUUUUUCCUUUUAAAUAUAGCAUUGCUAUUUUACAUGUUGGCAUUAAGGACCAUUUUUAUUAUCUGUAUUUAUUUUUGAGUAAAAACGAAAUUAAUAAAUGUGAUACUCUCCCCUCCCAAAUUUUUUGUCUGAAUUCCAUUUAGGAAUCUGGGUGCUUGGUAGAUAUUGAGACAUUGGUUGGGUGAAUAAAUGGAUGUACUUCUGGCUCUUGGUACUUUGUACCACACAUCGUCAUUGGCCAUAUAUGUAUGUCUCUCCAGCUGGAAUGUAAAAUUCCCCCAGGACUUUCAUUUCUCUCCCUUGCAUGUGACAAGGGUUCCCGAAUUCACUACAAAUGCCUCAUUUUCCAAUAUGUGGAUGUUUAUAUGUAUGUUACCUAAAGGUAGGAGUCAAGGCUUCUCCUUCCAGUUUCCUUCUUGAAACUUCCUAAAUUUUCUGAACUUGGCCAAGUCUUUUCACUGCUCUAAGCCUCAGUUUCUUCAUCUGCCAUAAUACAGUAGUACCUACCUCACCUGGCUGUCAGGCUAAAACAUUUGUUGCUCUAUUUUUCUCUAAGAGUUACGACUCCCUGAAAAAGAAAGGAAGGAGGGGAGGGAGGCAAGACAGGUAAACUAAAAAACAUCAGUGAAGUGCCCGCAGAAUCUGGAGAGCUAGGCUCUCAUCCGGUACAUCUCUUCCAGCAGCAGCGAGGCCAAGGGCGCGGUCCCCACUCUGAUGGGGAGGCGGGGGAAUGCGGGGGACGCCGAAGGCAGUGACCCUCUGUGACGCACAGACUGCACUAUGGGAACCGAGAGUAGAGGUACACUACUACUAGGUCCCCCUGGCGGUAGGGCGGCGGUUUCGGGCACCGCUAGCCAACCCACUGCGUGGGCUGGACUCAAUGACUUUGGGGUCAGUUCUCAAGCCUCAGUUUCCUCCUGUUUUAAGUGGGGAGGCAUGUGUGCCUACCUCAGCGGCGCUGGAUCGAGUAGGCACCCGGCAAAUAGGGGCUCUUUAUCGGGUGCACACUGCACACAACACAGCGUUUUCUAUUCAUCUUGCCCCCCCAGAAUUUAGCUUUAGGGGUGUCUGGUAUGUCGGGGCCCUCCACGGGGAACUGUGGGGUUCUCUACGGGGGUCUCGCUGCUGGACUCUGAUAACUUUCCAGGAAAAGUAGUUGUGCGGGAAACAGGACUGAAAAGGAAAAGAAAGGUUCCUACUCCUAAAUCCCACUCACUGGUGCAGUCCUCCCUGAGAAUAAGAUGAAGCCACGUGGUCAUCCGCCUGAGCGCGAAUAGAUGUUGCUGCUGCUUAGGGGAAAACACAGGGCUUUCAUUUUUUAACACGGCCCCCAAAUACUGGAGCGUCUGGUGCAGGUGCCAUUUUCCACUGCUGUAUUCCUUGUGGAUUUUUUUUCCUCCAGGGGAAAAAAAAAGUUUAAAAUCAACUCAAGUAUGCAACAAAAGACACAUUAUCUUCUUGUAUUUCAGCGUUUAACCUUUUAGAAUUAUGCAAGAAAGUGCCACUUCUUAUUGGAUGAUUUUUUUUUGGUAGGAGAGAAAGCAAUGGUGUCUGCAUAUACAAUACUACUGAACGGAUAUACUUGUCAUGUUUGAAUUGCAUACAUAACCUCAAUUAUGGGAAUGAGGAUGGUGCUUUAUGCCAAAGUCGUUUCAAGUUAUUUUCCAAAAAAAAAUUUUAAUGGCAAUACUUGAAGUGAAGCAAAGACAUUUUUCUUUCCAAAUUAAUCUGAAGGCUUCUUUAAAUAAGACGUCUUUCUUGGUUUCUCUGGUAUGGCAUUUAACUUGAAUAAAAACUGAUUUAAUUCAGUUCAUUGAUGGAAUACUAAUGUGUAGCAAUUAAGUUUCAAAGUGCUUGGAGAGUGUUCUGAUUUCUUUUUCAAAAGCAAAGAAAACAUUAAAGCUUGCAAAAUUUCAGGAUAUAGUAUUUCAGUCACAUAUUCCUAAUAUAGUUCUUUUAUUACUCUGAAUUACUGUGUGAAUUCCCAGACUGCAACCCAUGAUCAAAUAAAAAUGCAAAUACAUCUCAAAGUAAAAAUGGGCUAUUUUAAUUUAGUGUCUAUACUAUUUGACCCUAAUAAAAAGUUUAGAUGAGGGGGCAUACACAAUAUCUUAAAAUUUCACAAAAAUUAAUAUUUUCUUGGACUGGGCAACCAUAUUUUAAUUUUUUUUCCUUAAUGAUAGGGUUGCGAACCAGUGGACUGGAAGGUGAAACGGUUCCACUGCCCAACUUUAGCAUCUAUCUAUCUGGAGAGAACAAAGGGAAACCUUGACUAGGGGACCUAUUUUGCACAUAAAAAACACUGGAAAGAUUUUUAAAAAUGUAUCCAGGCCCCAUCUGCCAGAGAUUCUGCUUUACUUAGGCAUCUGUAUUUUUAAAAUUUCCACAAGUGAUUCUCAAGUGCAGCCAAGGUUGAGAACUACUAUCUAGGUAAAAAUGUUCCAUUUUUUCCCUUAUAGGCUGAAUAAAAUAAGUUACUCAAUAAAAGAACUAAGUAGUUGUAAAUAAUAUCAACAAGGAAUUAAAAGAUUUUCCCAAUGGGAAAAUCAAGAAACUAUAUAAUGGAUCUGUGUAUCUAGAAAUCCGAAAGAGUGAAGUAAAGUAUAAUCAGUUCUUAGAUAUACUUUACAAGUUGUCUUUAAUAAUGUUUGCAAAUGAUCUAAUCAAGCCCAAAGGUAAAGAGAUGACUGGCAUUACCCUGGUCACUGGUUUCCUAUCUAAAGAUGAUGAAGUAUCCAAUGGCUUUUGCUGGUGUGAAGAAAAUAAAAAGAGGCAGGGAAAAGUGUUUAUCAUGCUUUUAAGUAAAUACAUUUCAAAAUAUUUUUCAUUUAAAAGUUAAGAGUCCCAGGACUUCCCUGGUGGUCCAGUGGUUAAGAAUCUGCCUUCCAAUGCAGGGUACACGGGGUUGAUGCCUGGUCGGGGAACUAAGAUCCCACAGGCCGUGGGGCAACUAAGCAACUACUGAGCUGGCGUGCCACAACUAGAGAGCCCAGGCACUGCAACUAGAGAUAAGCCCACACGCCACAAUGAAGACCCAGUACAGCCAAAAAAAAAAAAAAAAAAAAUUAAGAGUCCCCUGGCUUCUCCUGUGUGUGGCUUAUUAACAUAUUUCACUUUUCAUUGGAAUUAACACAGGUACUUUAGGGAGAAGGCUGAUAAGUUAGAAAAUGAAGUUUAUAGAUUCUCUGUGGAUUUCAUUUUUCUGGUCUAUUCAUGGCUCAAUUGGCAUGAAUAGUUGAGAAACUCCUGUAUCGAAAUAAAAUAUUAAUUAUACUUCACAAUAUAUAAAAUUGGCUAAAUAAUGCCACUUGUGUGACAACCUGAAUUUUUAUCAUGGAAACUCUUGUAACCAAAGUCACAUCCUUUACAUAAUAUUUAUUCUGUAUAGGAUUUAUCCACAUACAAUGACGUCAGCUUUAAAACAAUUGACUGUUAUUUGUAUAAACUCAUCUUAUAAAAUAGAGUAAUACACAACACACCUCAGUGAUUUAAGCUGAUAUUCUAGGAUUCAGAAAAUCUGAUCAUUCUAAUUCCUAUUUUUGCCACUGUUUCACUGGGUUGUCUUAGGCAGGUUGCUUUACUGUCCUGUGCCUCAAUUUCUUUACCUUUCAUGUGAUAAAUGUCCUAUUUCAUAGAUAUGUAAAGAAUAACAUAAAAAUUAUUAAAUACUUUGCAAAUAUAAAAUGCUAUAUAAAUGAUAAAUAGUAAUACUGAUCCACUCUAAUAUAAAAUAACUUAGAACUUUCCAUUUAUAAUCUAAAGUUUGGUCCUCCAGUACCUACUGUUAUCACCCUUCCCAGUUAAAACACAUCUUAUGCUGUACUGUUUUCAGUGAUUUUUCCAUAGUAUUAAUUUUAGGACUCCAAACAUAUAUAACAUAUGAACGGAAAUUUCAAUGUAUCUUAGCAUGACUCAGCAAAAUAACUUUAAAGAAUUGAGUUCUGAGCUCAUAAGUAACUGAAACACUAAACUUUUCAUCCAUUAAGCAGUAACUUGGCCACAUAAAAGCAGUAACUGUUUGAUUUCAUCAUUCAGACAUACAAUAUUGAAAAAUUUGUUCUUAAAAAGGUCUUAAGAUGUAUGAUAACUAUAGAAGGAACCUUGUAAAGAUGUGAUUUGCUGCUCUAUGGUUACCAGCCUAUAAGUGCAAGGAGUAACAGGAGUAAUGAAGUGAGACUGUAAUGCUCAAAGGGAAAGUGAUCCAGCCCAAGGUUUUCAGUGCUGGACUCCUGAGCUCUGCAGAGUGUCUGGGGAAAGGUUUGUAGGGAGCUUAAACCAGAGCAGCUCUGUCCUUUAGUUUCCUUAAAUGUUGAACUUCUCUAUGAAACAAUUCAUUUGAAGAAGGGGUUUCUUGGGUAAAAAAAAAUCUUUUAAACCACUGGCCUAGUCAAUUUUGCUUCCUCCAGACAGUAGGCACGACUCAGUGGUGCUUUAUUUUGCAAAACUUCAUCCUAUCAACCGGAUCUUGAGGACCAUAGACUUAGAAGGGUGUUCAGAAGCUGAUAAAACAGCAUUCUUGUGAGAGCAAACUUUGGUCUAACCAACUUCCAUUAUUUUCCUAACAUUAAAAAAAAAAAUCUUGGCAUAAAUAAAGCUUAUAUUAACAGAUUAUACCCCUAUGUAAUAUUUUCCCCCAUUUCAGAGCCAAAGAAUUCAGUUUUCUUAGAAACCAUUAAUAGACAGUUUCACUCUAGAAAAGAAUUGGUCUCUAAAGUCUUAGAUAAAUAUAUGAUACUGGAGUUAUUAUUUACAACUUACAAACAUGUCACGAAUGUUCUUUUAUGAUACUAAAAUGAUAGAACAGAUGCACUGUCUAGUUUGGUGAAUUUGAUAGCUGUUUUGUGGGGAUUGCUUGAUGCUUGUUAUAAACAAUUAUGAGAAAGCAUUAUUUCUGAUAAGGCUCUACAAGUGCUGGUGGCACUGUGUUCAGUGGACCUUGCUGACAAUCAUGCUGAUGUUUGCAUGCAGAAUAUAGUAGCAUCAAAGAACAUUUAGAUCAUAGACUAAAGUGCGUUAGAGUAUACACAUGCAAGCAAAACUUCAUUUCUAUAAAUAAAGCUCAAGUCAGUCAUUUUUCCUAUCGGUUCCAAUGAUUAAAAAUCAGAUUACAGGGCUUCCCUGGUGGCACAGUGCUUGAGAGUCUGCCUGCUGAUGCAAGGGACACGGGUUCGUGCCCUGGUCCGGGAAGAUCCCACAUGCUGUGGAGCGGCUGGGCCCGUGAACCAUGGCCACUGAGCCUGCGCGUCCGGAGCCUGUGCUCCGCAGCGGGAGAGGCCACAACAGUGAGAGGCCCGCGUACCGCAAAAAAAAAAAAAAACACAAAAA